AUGUUUUCAAAUCAUCGACAUCCUGCACAACCACUGCAGGGAACCGCCACCACUACAAUCACAACCACUACAAAUGGCAGCCCCCAAACAUCUCAGCUUGUCUAUUCCUCGCCGGAUGCCUCAAGAAUCGGGCAGAAUGUCGACGCCCACAACCCCCACGCCGGAGAAUCCGCGCGCUCAAAUAAUGCUCGAGAUCUGAUGCCUUCUCAAUACAAGCUUCCAGAACAGUACCCUCGUCACCUGGAGAAUGGGCGAACCUAUCAUGGAUACCGAAAAGGCGUUUAUAUGCUGCCGUGCGACGACGAGGAGCAAGACCGCCUUGAUUUGUUCCACAAGGUCAUCACAGAAGCUCGAGUGGGCGAUGGCUUAAUAUAUGCACCGCACCCUCCAAACGCGCGCGUGUUGGACCUGGGCUGUGGCACCGGAAUUUGGGCCAUCGAUGUGGCCCACAAAUAUCCCGAAAGCUUCGUGGCCGGAAUGGACCUCGCCGAUAUCCAGCCCGAGAACUGCCCUAAAAAUUGCGACUUCUAUGCCCCGCGAGACUUUGAGCAUCCGUGGGCAUUGGGCGAGGACUAUUGGGAUUUGAUUCACAUGCAGAUGGGAAGUGGAAGUGUCACUAGUUGGCCCUCGCUUUACCGUCGAGUAUUCACUCACCUGCGUCCCGGGGGAUGGUUCGAGCAGGUGGAGAUAGAUUUUGAGCCGCGAUGUGAAGAACGAUCCCUCGAGAAUACCUCCAUGCAUAAAUGGUACCAAUACCUGAAACAGGCUACCGAGAUGUCUGCGCGACCUAUAGCUCACAGCGUUAGCGAGACAAUGGCGGCGCUGGAGAAGCAAGGAUUUGUGAACAUUGAUCAUCAGAUUGUUGGCCUUCCACUGAAUCCCUGGCAUCAUGACGAGCACGAAAAGAAAGUUGGGCGGUGGUAUAAUCUCGCCAUUUCUGAGAGCGUUGAAACGAUGAUUCUUGCGCCUCUACAUCGCGUAUGGGGGUUCUCAAAAGAACAAAUCCAGCAAUUAGCCCUGGAAGUGAAGAGGGAAGCUUACAACAAGGAGAUUCGGGCUUAUAACAUACUUCACAUAUAUCAAGCGAUGAAGCCAGAGAACUCGCCGGGGAAUUGA